GGGAAGCCGGUGGCCGCGGCUGCGGAACGGGCGGAGGCUGCCGGUUUCGUAACCGUCGCUCCUCCUCGCUGACUCGCGGGCUGUGAGGCCUGGGUCGGCUCGGGCCGCACCGCGCGGGGCCGCUCGGAGUGGAGGCCGCCUGGGGGCAGGCGGGCUGGAGGAGCAGGUACAUGUGAAGAUUUUUUGGCAGCUUAGCGUGGAAACCAUUGAUCACCUUGCUCUCGUUUCUACCUGUUCUGUGUUGGCAAGGGAGAGUGCCCAAAUGAGCAAGAUAUCGCAGCAAAACAGCACUCCAGGGGUGAACGGAAUUAGUGUUAUCCAUACCCAGGCACAUGCCAGCGGCUUACAGCAGGUUCCUCAGCUGGUGCCUGCUGGCCCUGGGGGAGGAGGCAAAGCCGUGGCUCCCAGCAAGCAGAGCAAAAAGAGCUCGCCCAUGGAUCGAAACAGCGAUGAGUAUCGGCAGCGCCGAGAGAGGAACAACAUGGCUGUGAAAAAGAGCCGGCUGAAAAGCAAGCAGAAAGCACAAGACACGCUGCAGAGAGUCAAUCAGCUCAAGGAAGAGAAUGAACGGUUGGAAGCAAAAAUCAAAUUGCUGACCAAGGAAUUAAGUGUACUCAAAGAUUUGUUUCUUGAGCACGCGCACAACCUUGCAGACAACGUACAGUCCAUUAGCACUGAAAAUACGACAGCAGAUGGCGACAGUGCAGGACAGUAGACCUCACCCUUUCCAGACUUCACAGCUUGUGGUUUGAACGUUAAAGGUGUGACCACCGACACCACUCAUGUCAGUGGCUGAAAGUUGUCCUUUUCCAUGAUUCAAAGACCCAUUGAAGGUUAUUUUCUAGGAUCAGCACUGAAGAGUUGAUUAGCUAAAAAUGUUAGCCUUGUAAUUCGAAUAUCUGGUUUUAAAUGAUAGAGAUUUUUGUGGGCGUCAAAAUCCCCCAAAUGUUAAGGUAUAUGGUAAAAAAAAAAAGAACCAUCUGGGAUCCCGAUGUUCUUAAUAAAUCCUGACUUCCCAAGAAGUGCUUCUUUUUUAAGUUGACAAAAGGAAUGGGGAACUGGCAGGCCAUGCAGAAGGUUCUUGGUAUUAAUGGGUAGACUGAAUUGGAUUAAGAAAAGUUGAAUGCCAAAUCUAUUUGUGAUUUUCUUCUGAAUUAUGUAUUAUAAAUUCAUAGAGCUAUAGAAAGCAAUGAGUGAGUAAUUUGGAGUGAUUUUAUGUAUGGCAUAAACUUUGUUUUAACAUAAUUAGUACUGUUUUCCCCCAAAAGUACAAGUUUUUGAAUAGUGAUGUCAGGUUAAGUAAAGAAACCUCAUCACAUCUUAUAGACAUUGUGUGGCCAAU